AUGAAUCCUUACAAUGUUGUUAAUGCUUUGCUUGAUAUAGUGAAGGUAAAUAUAGAUUUAUAUCCUUCUAAAAUAACACCAAAAGAAAAAGAACUUGCGCAACAUUUAUAUGAAACAAUAAAAUCGUUUGUCGAUUGUACCAAAUUCAAUUACCAAGAAGAAACAACUUUAGAUUUACAUGAUAUGUCAGACUAUUCUGAUAAUGAUGAAGAUAUGGAUACAGUCUAUAACGAUAGAAAUGAAGUUGAUGAUGAAUGGACCAAUGAGGCGGAUGGAAAAGCCACACGUCAUUUAAAACAAUAUUCGCUUGAAUAUAUGAAAGCUGUAGUUGAUUUUGCCGAUGAAAAAGAUGCGUAUGGAAAAAAACGUCACACAUGGAAAAGUAUUCACAAUCGUUUUAAAUCAUUGCUGAGUCAAAGUUAUGUUAGUCUAUUCAGAAAUUAUUUACAAAAAGAAGGUACCAAACAGCAAAAAUGUCGAGAAAUCGAUAAACUUAUCUAUGAUAAAUUUGUUAGUGCACGUGAUCAAGCGCUUCCCAUACAUAAUUUAGAUCUGCAACGAUGGGCUUUGAAAUUUGCCAAAGAAAUGAAAUUAGAUAAUUUUCAUGCAUCACAUGGAUGGUUAAGCAAUUUUAAACGUAAACAUGGAAUUGUUUCUCGUCGUAUAACAAACAUUGUAACUCGACAUGAAAUCGAUGACUAUCGUAUAGUGCAACAAUCAAAACAAUAUUUUCUUACCGAAUAUUAUAAUUCAUUGCCUGAUUAUGAUCCAUCAGAAGUGAUUAAUACUGACCAAUCAGGUGUUGAGAAGGAACUUCAUUCCACUAGAACAUUAUCUGCUGUUGGACUAAAGAAAAUUUAUGGAAUUGUAUCUUCGAAAAACGCUACAACCCACUCUUAUACAAUACAACCUUCGAUAUCUCUCGAUGGGAAAGUAGUGGACCCUAUUUUAUUAUGUUUACAAGAAGUAAAUGGUAAAAUGGGUGAUACUGUAAAGAAAAACUUAUUUAAGCCGGCUAAUGUUGUCAUUACUUGCUCUUCCUCCGGCAAGCUGACGACAUCAUUAGUAGCUUAUUGGAGGGAUAAAUGUCUACUACCAUUUAUUGGAAAGAAAUGUUUAUUGUUGUCGGAUAGCUGGGCCGGACAGAAAGAUAUCAAACUUUACGAAAACAAAACCUGUCUUGGAAAAGAUGUAGUUCGUUUAGAAAUACCUAAGCGAACUACGAGUGAACUUCAACUGUUAGAUUGUUUCUACAACCGACAAGUAAAGAAUUUCAUAAAAAAAAUUUACAAUCGUGUUGCUCUAGAUAAAAUACCAAUACAUCUAUAUGAGCGAAAUAAUAUUAGUAAGUUAGUUUCACUUAUGCAUAAUCAACUUUCUGCGUCUGUAUUUCAACCAAUGGUGAAAUACAGUUGGUUUGUAGCUGGUCUACUUAAACAAAACCCAUCUCCUUUCUCAACUAUUAAUGAAAUAUGUUUUCCGACAAUAACGUCACACGAGCAGUGCGAGUUACAAUCAUGUGGUGAAUGUGUAUAUAUUACUUGUGCACAUUGUUCAAAGAAACUAUGCUUUCAACAUUUUUUUAUUUCAUAUCAUUUCCAUACUUAA